GCAGUGCACAACGGUCAGAGUACAGUUUAAACUCCUGCUCAGCGUCUCAGUCAGGAGAUGGAUAUCUAUACUACGUGUAUCUAUGAGAGUGCAGACUUUGAUCACACUGGAAUUCAAUCACAAGGAGGAGGACCACAGACUAAGAGUCCUCCUCCAGUCCAGAAGGGCUCUUUCAGAUGUGCUACACUGGGUCUAGGAGUGCUGUGCCUCCUGAUGUUAGCUGGGAUCAUCAUCGUGUCCAUACGCUAUGCUUUGAACAAGAGUGAAUUCAACAGAAUGAAGAACAGCCACAGUCAGCUCCAGGAUGAACUUCAAGACACAAAAACCAGUCUGACUCAGUUACAGAGCAGUUAUGAUAAACUGAGUAAAAACCACAGUCAGCUACAGGAAGAAGUGAAGAAGCUGAAGGAGAAGAUAGAAGAGAAGUGUCCUGAUCGAUGGACGAGAUUUGGAAGCAGCUGUUACUUUAAAUCCACUGAGAGUAAAACUUGGUCUGACAGCAGGAGAGACUGUCAGGAUAAAGGAGCUGAUCUGGUGAUCAUAAACAGCAAAGAGGAACAGGAAUUUAUCAGGAACAUGGGAGGAGAGUCCUGGAUUGGUCUGAGAGCCAAACAGACAUCAGGAGGAUAUGAAUGGGAAUGGGUGGACGGAUCAGCGCUGACAGAAACGUUCUGGGCAGAAGGAUGGUCAGAUCCUUAUUCUGGUUACUGUGGAGUCUGCUGUGACAGUGAUGGGAAAUGGACACGGUCACAUUAUUCUAAUUCAAAGACCUUCAUCUGUGAGAAAUGAGUUUGGUGCUUUGAUGUAAAUGUUUGAAUAAUCCAACCAAAGACACCUCACUAUGAAAUGUCCUGCAUGAGCCUCAGACUCAGCUCACAGUUGUUACUUGUUCAUUCUGCAUCAUAUAUUGAUUACAUAUAUUGUCCCUCUGUGCUCUGUGCUGUACAGUAAGGUUGGAAGUCAUCCACACAAAAACUUGAAGUACUUCAUUACUCUGUAGUUCCAGCAAAUUGUUCUAAUAAAAGUCAAAGUGCAGCUU